UGAUCUCAAACGCAAACACUAACAAAAAAAAAAAAAAACAUUUCUUGUUGUUGCGUUUUCCAGAACAAACCAGUUUCAAUCAAAUUCUGUUUUCUUCAUCUCCACAAAGAUAACUAAAUCCGAUCUCGUCUUCGCAAUCAUCAACCAUCAAUGGAAGUUGAAGAAGAAGUUAAACAAAUCAUAGAUGAGGUCAAAGAGCUUCAUGACUCCGCCGCUUCUUUCAUCUCAUCUUCUUCUCAACAAGAGCUCUCUCUCCGUCAAAAAGCCUCCGCCGUUGAUUCCUCUAUCCGUCGUCUCCACUCUACUAUCGUCUCCAACAAAAAUCUCGAUCCUAAGCUCGUCGAAAAGCUUGAGGAAGAUCUGCAUCGUGCUAGAUGCAUGCUUGUUGACGGAGAAACAUCUUCAUUUCUCCCAUCCAAACCACAAGGACGCUUUGUGAGAAUGUUUUGUGGACCUGUGAAUGUUCGAGCUUUGCGUAAAGAUGUUCAGCUUAAAGUUAAAGAAGAAUACAAUCGUUACAGAGACAAGACUGCUCUUCUUUUUCUUUUUUUCCCUGCCACACUUUUAAUCCUUAGGUCUUAUUAUUGGGGUGGAUGUUUGCCUGCGUUUCCUGUCCAGCUCUAUGAGGCUUGGCUGUUGUUUCUCUAUGCUGGGUUGGCUAUGCGUGAGAAUAUAUUAAGAGCUAACGGAAGCGAUAUUCGUCCAUGGUGGCUAUAUCAUCAUUAUUGUGCCAUGGCUAUGGCCCUUGUCAGCCUCACAUGGGAAAUCAAAGGUCAACCAAACUGUGUCCAGAAACAGAGAGGAGUCCAUCUUUUCCUACAAUGGGCUAUGAUGCAAGGUGUCGCCAUGCUUUUACAAAACAGAUAUCAACGCCAAAGAUUAUACACUCGCAUUGCACUAGGAAAGGCUAAGAGAAUGGAUGUUGUUUGGGGAGAAACGGCUGGAGUUGAUGGACAACUAUGGCUGUUAUGUCCUAUACUGUUCAUUUUACAGGUGAGCUUUUUUCUGUACAUAGAUGAAUCAAGUUUAUGCUAAAACAUUUUAACGCGUUUCAUUUGCUCUACCGUGGCACCAUGCUAGAGUGGUUUACUGAUAUUUUAAUCACUUCGUUCUUUUUAACUACUGUGUUUCCAUGGCUUUGGAGAGGCAAAGAAACUCAUUCAAAACUAUAGAUUAUGUAUUGUCGCAAGUAUAAAUUCGGAAGUCAAUAUUUCCCAUUCAAAAUUCUCUAGAUGGCCUGUACAGUAGAACCUCUUUGCUCUUUCCACAACAAUCAAAAAGAAACUUUGCACGUGUUCAUGCUGGUAUAUUUUUCUCACUCUCGUGGCAUUGUUUUCAACGGGUCUAUUCCCGGUAUAGGCCGACAAAUCCUGAUUCAAUAGAGAAUAAAGACUAAAAAAAUAGGAAGUAGAGUAAGAGGAAUGUUGUCGCUUUCAGGUGAUGGUUUGUGGGAUUCUUCUGGUAGUGAUGGCAGUUGGGAACUUCAUAAAUACAGUAGAGACACUGAUGGCAAAGUCAAGAGUUAAGGCAAAGAUGAAGAGAAGUAAAAGCAGAGCAGAGCUUAAUUAGACUUCACAGGUCUCUCAUCUGUUCAAAAUCUUGCUUUUUUUGCAGUUCAUAAAUUUUUGUCCUUUUUGUUUUUAGGCCACGGAUAAAAUAAAACUGUGACCAUCCUUUUUCUGUGUAAAUGGAAGUGGCAGUUGAUAUUUGAUAAUUGAUGUUGUAUUUGUACACUUGACUGGGUUUUGUAGGAAUUUUUUAAGUGUCAGAUCUUGAAGAUGAUAGUGUUAAAAUAAGUAUCCUUAAACAAGAAGAGCUAGGCCCAAUCCCAGGCCCACUUGGGUAUCAAACACUUCCAAAACCCAG